AUGAUUCAUGAAGCAGCCCGUACUGAGCGCUCUAGGCUUUACUUGGCUGCACUGAAAGGUGACUGGAAAUCUGUUCAAGGCAUUCUAAAAAUUCAAAGAGAAAUUACCAAGGCAAGAGAAACCACACUUCAUGUUGCUGCUGCAGCAAUCAAGGAAGAGUUUGUAAAGAAUUUAGUGAGUAAUGCAAUGAGUAGCGAAGAUCUAAGUGUUGAAAAUAUUGCUGGAAACAUGGCCCUAUCCUAUGCUGCUGCAACUGGAAAUGUGAAUAUUUCAAAGGCGAUGCUGGAGAAAAAUAGAGACCUGCCAAACCUAGGUAGUGGGGUGAAACCACUCUAUAUGGCUGCUUUGUUAGGACACAGUCAAAUGGUGCAGUUUCUUUAUUCUGAAACUAAUAAGAUGGUUUGCCAGUGGGAUGAAAAUGAACAAGCUGAAUUAUUUAUCACUUGUACAUGUGUUAGGGGUGGCUUAUACGGUAAGCAUAAGUAA